UCCUGUGAAAGGCAGCGCAGGAGUGUAGGCUGCCAAGCCCUCUGCUGAUGGAUGAGAGAGAGGAGGAUGACGACGAAGCCUGGCUGCAGCUUCGGCCAGUGGAGCCCUUGCCCUCCCAGUGCUGCGGCAGUGGCUGCUCACCCUGUGUGUUCGACCUCUAUACCCGAGACCUGGCGAGGUGGGAGGCAGCCCGAGCCAGUAAGGACAGAAGCCUGCUGAGAGGGAAGGCGUCACAGAGCUGCCCCUCCAAGCUGAGCCCAGAGACGUUCCUGGCCUUCCGCAUCAGUGCCAUAGACAAACUCACUAAGGACACCUACCAUGUCCGGUUCACACUACCCGGGAACGGCCAGCUCGGCCUGUGGCCUGGCCAGCACCUCAUCCUACGAGGGAUGGUAGAUGGCUUAGAAAUUCAGAGAGCCUACACGCCCAUCAGCCCUGCUGGUGCAGAAGGAUACUUUGAAGUUCUAAUCAAGUGCUACCAGGCUGGGCUGAUGUCCCGAUACGUGGAGUCCUGGAGAGCGGGAGACACGGCUUUCUGGCGAGGACCUUUCGGAGGCUUCUGCUAUAAACCAAACCAGUACGGUGAGCUUCUCAUGCUGGCUGCGGGCACCGGCCUGGCCCCCAUGGUGCCCAUCCUGCACAGCAUCACAGACAAUGCGGAUGACGAGACCUUUGUCACCCUGGUUGGCUGCUUCAAGACCUUUGAGGGCAUCUACCUGAAAACCUUCCUGCAGGAGCAGGCCCAAUUCUGGAACAUCCGCACCUUCUUUGUUCUCAGCCAGGAGAACUCGCUGGAGCAGCUGCCCUGGAGUUACCGGGAGAAGACCCGCUUUGGCCGCCUGGGCCAGGACCUGAUUGAAGAGCUGGUUGGCUCCUGUCGGAGAAGGCCGUUCGCACUGGUCUGUGGCUCGGCUGAGUUUACCAAGGACGUGGCCAGGGGCUUGCUGCGUGCGGGCCUGGCCGAGGAUUCCUACUUCCUCUUCUAGGGCUGGCUGUCCUUCCAAAGCCUGCCACUGGGACUCAGGGAAGAGCACAGACUGGAAUCAGAAGACCUGGACGAAAGACCACUGCCGACUCGCCAGGUGACCUUGGGUGGAUGUCUCACCUCUGUACACCUGUUUCUCCUCUGCCGACUCCCUCAGGCUGACAUCCCGUUGUGGGGAGGGAGAUGGCGCUGCAGGAGCCUGGGGAGGAGGGUAACCAGCCUGGGAGUCAGGGGGGACGCCCUGGAGGGUCCUGGUCAGACCGAGCCCAGGAUGAGCAGUCGGCAGGAGAAGGGGUGGAAGAGCCCUCAGGUUGGAGGGCUUGUGCCGACUGUCAGACCGAGCUCUGUUCUGCCUAUUCCAGCGCCUGCUUCCCCUGGCAUGGGCGUCCCUGGUGGCCUCAGGGAUCCCAGGGGAGGUGUCCCGUAAGUGUUCAGGAAGUGACCACAGAGGGGCCGAGAGCUCUCUGGGGGAGGGACUUGCCCAGUGUGCCUCCAGUGCCACGAGCCUGACACCGGGGUCCUGGGUGUGACCGGAGCACAUUCUCAGAGCGAGGUGGGCCUGGGAUUAU